UGGGCCUUUAAGAACGAGCAUGCGCUAAGGAGGACAUCAAUUUACUUCCUUAUUGGUUUCUAUGAUCAACAAACAUCAAGAUGGAAGUAUCUGGAAAAAGGCGUGACCCUGACCUUAACAAGGGCUCCGAUGACACAACUGUCUUCUGUCAGCCGUGUGAAGAGGAGGGCAAACGCUCUGUAGCCCAGGGAUUCUGUCAGACCUGCCAAGAGUACAUGUGUGAUCCCUGUAUCAAGGCCCAUAAGAAAUUCAAGGUGUCCAGAAACCACAUUAUGUUGUCCAAAGAUAAGAUGCCGUCCUUCGACCCGUCCACUAAGCAGUCUGACAUCGGUGUAACUGAAUAUUGUAAAACACAUCCGAAUGAGAUGAUCAAGUUUUACUGUCCGACCCACAGCGACCUUGGUUGUGGUGACUGUGUAGUCAUCGGUCAUCGCACGUGCAAAGUCGACUACAUUGCUAAUGUGUCUAAGGAUUUCACCAAUGAAAGGGAAUUCAGGGAGCUGGAACCAUCUAUUAAACGAGCGGAAGAUCUUCUAUCUGGGUACAUAAGUAAAGUAAAGGAGCUUUUUGACGAGGUCGAACACCAGUCUAAGACUGAAAUCGACAGACUGAGAAAGUUCCGUGCAGAAAUCAAAACCUACCUGGACCGACGCGAGAAGGAGUUGCUCGGCAACAUCCAGAAAAUGAAGACCGAGGAUGAAAGCGUGCUGACUAAACUGAAGACUGAUUGUGAGUUGGCAAAAUGCGGACUUGAGGCCACAAGGACAGAACUGACUUCCGUGGACGUCUCGGUUAACCAGCGGUACGUGACGGCAAGGAGAGCCCAGAAGGAGUUACGGGGGAUUCAUGACGAGAUGGAGAAGAUGACUGGUAGGAUGAAGUCCCGGAAGUAUCGAUUUGUUAAAGACGCGGACACGGAGCGGCUGUUGGGAUCGAACAUGGGCUUUGGAACACUGUACAUGGCGGGAGAGUUUGUUCCAGUUCCUGACCUCGCUACUAUGACGUGGAAGAAGGAGGCGGAUAUCCUGGUCAGAACAUCUCAGGACCUGAACCCCUGCUGGAUCACGGGCUCAGCCCUGAUCUCGCCUGGUCUCGUCCUCCUGGCUGACCGUGGUAACAACUGUGUCAAACUGGUAGACAUCAGCACCUGCACCGUCACGUCCCGCCUCCAGCUACCAGGAUGGGACGUGUGUGUGCUCCCCGGUGACCAGGCCGCCGUUACAGUCCAGAACAAGUUCAUGAUUCAGCUGCUGUCUACGAAGGGAGGACAGCUGUCGUGUGGAAAGGAAAUUAAAGUAUCAUCUUGUUGUUUUGGUAUUGCGUUUAACAACAAUAGAUUAUACGUUUCGUAUACAUCAAACCCGCGUGUUGAAGUGAUGACAUUGGAUGGGCAUAUCUUAAGUACAUUCCAAACAGAUGAUAGAAGACAACUUUUCAACACACCAUAUUACCUGACUGUGUCAGCUUCAACACCGCCGACCCUUCACGUGUCUGACAACAAUGCCAACACCGUCCUCCAGCUGACCCUUGACGGGAAGGUCCUGCGGAAGUACCGAGAUAUUCGGCUCAUCCAUCCCCUGGCCGUGGUGAAGGUAGGGCCCGGCCAGCUUCUCGUGUGUGGAUUAACCAGCCACAACGUGAUGCUGCUAACGGAGAGUGACGGCAAGAUGGCGGAAAUACUGGAAGAGAAGAACGGACUGACCAAGCCCUGCUCCGUGUCAUUCUGUCCUCACACACGUGCCAUAGUUGUCGGAAUGAACAGUAAUGACUCACUGAAGGUCUUUAAUGCAAAUUGACACCUUUUCUUUAUCAGUCGUGAUUUUGCUCUCUCUGGCGGAAAUUACCAUGUAUUCAAUGCUGUUUGAGCAAGUGAAUAGUAAUAGCAAUCAUAUUUAAUGUUCAACAUACGCUUAUUUAUUCGUUGUAACCGAGUUCUAUCAAACUGAAUGAACAUAGCUAAUUAUAUAAAUCAAUAAUGGAAAUACUAAAAUAAUGUUGUAUCAGUCUCAGAAGUUUUGUAAUUAGUCAGAAAAGCCAUUGAUGCUUUAUGACAGUCAUGUAUCUAAUAAAUAUUAAGCGUAUUUUGCUGUUUUAUUUUGCAAAACACUAGGAUAACGAAUUAGUGUAAAUAUUGUAAUACUAUUAAACACUUAUUCAAUUAUAUUUUGGUGUUUACUACUUUUGUUUUUUUAUGUUCUUUAUAUAGAUCUUUGAUUUUACAAAAUGAUCAUUAACUUAUAUAAAAAUAAUUAUUUAAACAGAUGUAUACUUUUUAUGGUUUUGAAGGUAAAAUAAAGUGUUUGACGAAUUUUUAAAGAAAAAUUUAGUAGGUUUUCAUAUCAUUAUCAUAUGAAGAAUAUUUAAAAUGGAAAUUUCCGCGUGAAUAUUCCAUAGGAAUAGUACAAAUAAAAAAUCUCUUAAAAAUGACAAACAUGUCUUUAGAUCUCAAUUUAUCUUCUUUGGACGUUUGCCUACUGAAUGUUAUUGUAUUGUUAUUGACAAUGCAUGUAACCUGUCUUAAUUUAGACAUAGAAUGAAAAUAACCGUAUAUUUCUUACAAGGGAAUCUUGGGUGUAAUUACUUUUACAACAAUUUUGUAGUAUUGUGCAACUUGAUUUCUGUAUUAACCUUUAACUAAUAAAUGUAUUUAAAACUUUCA